CAGGAAGUUUCGGAUACUUCUAGCGUCAGUAUGUCUUCCGUCAGUGACUCGUGAUAAAGUGAUAUUGCCUUGAAUUAAUACGCGGCGCGAUUCCAAUCGUAUUUCGUAUUUCGUAUUCGCACUCGUAAUCGUACAGUUAAAAUACAUAGUACGAGUACAUACUAGAUAGGUACGUAGACGUACGUACGUGAAUACUGUAUAUUUUGGUGUAUACUCUGUGUGUGUUCUCUGCGCGUAUCGUAAUAAUUAUUUUCGUUUGCCCGCCCGCAGCAGAUACCUACUCGGUCAUUUGAAUGAAAAUCCACAUCGGUAUAGUCUUCGGGCGCAAGCGCUACUGAAUUUGAAAAUUUCUAAUCCUUCGAGCCAGCAAGCUUCGGGCUCACCUUGGAUAUCGUCGUUAUCGUCUGCUCAACCUACACCUACGCUCACACAACACACCGCGUAGUAGUAAUCGUGCGAGUAUUACCUAAAUCAUGGCCUGCAAUAGUGGUCGUCGUCGUACGAGUAGCCUAAUACAUACCUAUUAGGCACCUCUACACGCCCCAUCGCUAUCAGUCUACACCUAACCUAUACCUAUCCAUCUAGAAGAGCUACAUAUAAGAGAGGCGCUAGGCGCUACCUACCUAAGUAGGUACCUAUACAGCAGAUACGCUACGGUGCACGUAUAAUACGUAUAGUAUCGUUUAAAACGGCCGAUUGGCGAUUUAAAUGCGAGCGGUCGAAAGUAAACCUUGUUAUUCUAUCGUCGGUGUUGGUGCAGUAACUCGAUUGUCGACAAAAAUUCAAUUUCGCUCGCACAAAACGUGAACAUGCGCGAAGAAAAACCGAUACCCGAUGGCGGCUUAUUUCGAAGCCAAUAAAAGGCAUUUUUCGCCUCAGCAGUCGAUGGGAUCGCAAGAACAUCAUCGUCAAUAAGUUCAACUAUCGAUACAAUACCUCGUUCGAUUCGAUGGUAUGAUUUCGUUUCGAUAGGUUCGAGAGAGAGAGAACAAUAUGUUUCCACAUCGUGAUGAAGCCAACGUAUUUGUCGCAAAUUUGCGCCAUUCCAGCGAGCAAUAAAAUUCGUUCAUUCGUCGAAGCUUCGUCGAGUAUAUCACCAAAAGUGCGGCAAUCUCGUUCAAAGUAGUCCCCUUUGACGCGAAUAUUUAAACUGUCUGCUCUGGUUGCACUCCUACUAACUAAAUUACUACUUACUCCCUCGUCGACUUUCUUAUUCAUUUAUUCAUUCGUUCAUUUCCUCACCCACUUACUUACCUAAUUACUUAAUUACUUAUUUUACUUAUUUACUUACUUUCCUUUUUGCUCACCUAUUUCUUUAUUUAUUCACUUACUCACUCAUCGCCCCACCCCCUUACGUGUCUACUUAUUCGUCUAUCUGUCAAUGCCCCUGGUGACUCGCCUCUUUCUAUUUACCAACACUCCACAGAUGCUAAUCGUAUCGGUUUGAUUGCCUUGGCCUUCGAUUACGACCGAGUCUCGACGACGGUAGAUCUCCUGAAGAAGACUGCAGCGAUCAACUGCAGACAGCAGCCCACCGUCCAAAUCUGAAGUAGUGGAAUCAAACCCCCUAACACGAGAGCAGCGAUUGCGAUGGUGAUGAACAAACGUCUUUACACCAAAUGGAAAACUCAAUCGCUAGGCAAAUAAUGAAAUGGAGGAGACGUAUGGAUCGGCCAUCAAAAAUUACUCGAUAGUAUCGUACUCGAUUUCCGAUCCAUUGGACCAGCAGCCGCACCAACAGCACUACCAGUUCGGCAACACAAACGUCUUGAAUUCAUCUUGGCCAGCAACGAAUUCCAGCAGCAGCAGCAGCGGCGACGACUGGACCUGGAUAAUCAGCGCUAUAAUCUAUGCCAUCAUAAUGGGUUUCAUAAUCGUGGCGUCGAUUUGCGGCAACCUAUUGGUCAUCGUCAGUGUGAUGCGGCAUCGUAAGCUGCGCGUCAUCACCAAUUACUUCGUGGUGUCGUUGGCGCUGGCCGAUAUGCUGGUGGCCAUGGGCGCGAUGACUUUCAACGCCAUCGUGCAGAUCACCAAACGAUGGAUGUUCGGGUACUUCAUGUGCGACGUGUGGAACUCGCUGGACGUGUACUUUUCCACCGCCUCCAUACUGCACUUGUGCUGCAUCAGCGUCGACAGAUACUACGCUAUAGUCAAACCCUUCAAGUACCCUAUCAAUAUGACGAAAAAAGUCGUGGCUGUGAUGUUACUCAAUACGUGGUUAUCGCCGGCCGUCAUCGCCUUCGUGCCCAUAUUUCGCGGCUGGUAUACCACCGAAGAGCACCUCGAGCAUCGGAGACAGAAUCCGCAAGAAUGUUCUUUCAAGGUGAACAAAACCUACGCUAUUGUAUCAUCGUCGAUAUCAUUCUGGAUACCAUGUACCAUCAUGAUCUUCACAUACUGGCAAAUCUUCCGCGAAGCGAACCGGCAAGAGAAGCAAAUACACGCGCGAUUAGGUAAUCAAGCGCUGAUAAAUUACGCCAGAGAUGACCACAACAGCUCGAACGGUGACGUCAAAAGUAAUAAUGGACGAUCGUCGUCGAACGUGUUCAACGAAAUGGGCCCAUCGGUACAUUGUACGCCGACUAAAGAUAGGAAUAUUAUCAAAAUGAAAAGAGAACACAAAGCGGCUCGAACAUUAGGAAUUAUUAUGGGAACUUUCAUAUUAUGCUGGUUGCCGUUUUUCUUAUGGUAUGUGAUAACUGCUUUAUGCGAUAAAUCGUGCAAUUGCCCGGACGAGAUUGCGACGAUUGUAUUCUGGAUUGGUUAUUUCAAUUCGAUGUUGAAUCCUUUGAUAUACGCUUAUUUUAAUAGAGACUUUAGAGAAGCAUUUAGAAAUACUUUGGAAUGGGCUUUUUGUUACAUAUGCAAAAGAGACUCUUCCGAUAUCGACGGACUGGAUAUACGAAGACAGUCUCUCCGUUACGACGAUCGUACAAGAAGCAUUUAUUCGGAAACAUAUUUGAAAAACAUAGGUAGAAGACGAUCUAGUGAAUUAGGAAGUAGCUUAUGACAAGAAACAAUAAAAAUUUAAUACUCAUUUUUAUACUCGAACUUUUUACGACUGGUUAAUUAAAUUAUAAGUACUUAUACCGUAAGAGAUUAAGUAUCGUAUCGCUAUAGUUUCAACAUCUUGUCGCUAUAUCUUACUCAAUUUACCUACCUACCUAAGUGCCUACUUAACCUAACCUAACCUAUCUAUGUAGUACCUGUCAACAUUGUAGUUCGUUCAUUUGAAUUUUUGGAUACAUUUUAGGUAGCCUACCGGAAAUGUACGCCGAUUCAAAUGAGCACGCUGCAGAACCACACGGUGCUCAUAAAGCAUGUGUUAUUAACAGGUAGAUAGAGGUACUGCGCUGUUCACUCGAUUGGUUCAUUUUUUCUCUCUCUUUUCACAGUUCGAUUAAUGAGAAUUUUAAAAUAUGCAGUACGAGGAGUAAAGUAAUACGUAAUAAUUGGCCUAAAAAUAUCAAUAUCGCGUAGGUACCCUAUAUCAAUAUAAAUAAUAGUACCUACUUAUACUCGUAUAACCUCUGCGUACUAUAAUAUCUCUAUUUGCGACAAGUUUACCUAAAAUUCCAUAGGUACUUAUUUUUAUGUGUUUACCUGCCUACCUCUUACUUCGCGCAUCGACGAAUUUUGUAAAUAAACGCGCCAUUCAAGUGCUUAACGUCUAGCAGCCUACCAAACACAUGUAUACGACAUACGUGCGCCGUGAAUGUGAUAACACGCAACCAAGCACACGUGCUGAAUGGUCGAGUGCCAAAUGAAUAACACCCGCCAAAAUUUUCGAUGGUGAAACACAAUAUGGUCACUGCGAAAGCGAAAAGCAGUUCGCUAUGUUAAAACUCGCGUAGGCCCUAAUAAAAUUUUACUAAUUCAGCUGAAAAUUUACAUCUUCGAAUUCUUUCAAACUUGCAGGCUCAUUGGACUCUACCAAGGGUUCGGGUCUGGUCUCUUACUCGAUUUUUACCAAAAAAUAAACAAUAAAAUUAAUUCAAGUAACCAAAAAAGUGACAAAACAAAAACAAAAAUACAUAAGAAAAUCAUUUCAAAAAAAAACGAAAUAUCAAGAAGUACAGAUUGAAAUAUUUUGCAACUUACUACAUAUUAGUAGUGAAAAAGCGAGUCUUUUUGGCAAAUAUUGGCAGCCAAAUGAAAAUUUUUGCAAUAUUCUGACCAAAAAAAAAAAAAAAUUUUUGAAAAAAGUUAGAUUUUGAGAAUUUUAGCGAAAGAUAAGACUUUUUGGAAAUUUCUGACAAUAGAGCAAAAACUUCUGGACAGUUUUUGGGAAAAAGUGAGACGACGAUUUAAGGGAAUAAGUAUAUAAAUUUUAAAAGAAACAAAAAUUAUUUUUUUUAUUAAUUUUUCGCUAAAAGCAAGACCUUACUUAUUCGACUAUUUUAGCAAAAAGCAACACUUCUCGAGUAAUUUUUUGCAAGAAUUUGACAAUUUUUAUGAGAAAAAAAAUUAUACUUUUUUCAAAUUUAAUGGUGAAAACGCGAGACUUUUGACAUUUCUUGGUAAAAAAAAGUAGCAAUUUUACGUAUUUUUUGGGAAAAAAAUUAAGAAUUUUUAGAAUUUGUAAAAAAAAUCGAGUAAGUUACCUUUUUUUUCUGCAAUUUCUGUCAAAAAAUCAAGACUUUGCAAUUUUGCAACUAAACGAGAAUUUUCAUCAAUUUUCUGCAGAAAGCAAGACUUCGACAAUUGCAAAGCAAAAAUCAAUGUGUACUUUUCUUUUUCGAAAAAGUGAGAGUUUUUGAAAAUUUAAUGGUGAAAAAGAAGAGAUUUUUUGGAACUUUUUUUUGGCAAAACCAAAAUUUUACACAAGUUUUGGCAAGAAGCAAUUUUUGAAGAAAAAACGAGUCCUUUUUUUCAAUAUUUUCGGGCAAAAAAGCACAACUUUUGGACUUUGACGAUUUUUGGAAAAACAAAGAAACGAAACUACGAGUAUUUCGUAAUUUUGACAGAAGGCAAGAUGUUUUGCUAGAAAACGAGAUCGAGAUUCUGAUGACAGUAGAAGGCAGGCCUUUUUUUAGCCUUUGUAACCAUCACGCUAAAAAAGCAGUGCAGCCAGUUGGAAAAAGAAAAUUUUUGGGAAAAAGUUAAGCCUCUUCAGCAUUUUUACAAGAAAGAGAGCAUUUUUUUCAGAAAGAAAGAUUUUUAGGUGAUUUUUGGUAAAAAUUCGAGGCUUUUCAAUCUUACAAAAAAGCGAGACUGAUGGAAAUUUUUUGGAAAAAAGAAGACUCCAAAGAAUUCUUUCCAAAAACAAAUUUUUGUUUAUUUUUGUAAAAUAUCGAGGCAGGGAAUUUCAGCAGAAAAAAGAUACUUUUUGGCAAUUUCCGGCAUAAAGCAAGAUUAUUGGGUAAUUUUCUUCGGAAAAUUUAUUGAAAAGCGAGAAUUUUCGUCAAAAAGUAACAACUUUAGUAAAAUGCCAACGUUUUUGGAGAUAACUCACAAUUUUUUUUUUUUGUAAUUUAGGUCGAGAAAGCAAAACUUGUAGGAAUGUAGGCAACUUUUUGGUAGCAAAAAAAACUUUCUAUAAUUUCUGAGAAAAAUUGUGAAUUUUUUUAACAAUUUUGCUAACAAAAUGAUUUUUUAAUAUUUUGGAGGAAAAGCCAGUCUUUUGGCUGGACAAUUUUUUUUUACAGAAAGCGACAAUUUUUGGCCAGAAACAAGACCAUUUGGCAAAAUUAACGUAAAGGAGAUAUAGAUAUAUAUUUUUUUUUUGGUAGAAGCGAGACUUCCACUUUAGCAUAGGCCCAAGGUAAGAGUUCCAGGGCUCAUACUCAUUUCUUUCCAAAAAUGAAAAAAAGUAAUUCAAGUAACCAAAAAGGUGACAGAACAGAAACAAAAAUCACAAAAAUACUAGAAUAUUACAAAUUGAAAUAAUUUGAAGAAGUAGAAACUAAUUCGAAAUUUUUGAUGAAAAAGUCAGAUUUCUUGACAAUGAUUGGCAAAAAGUGAGUAUUUCUGCAAUUUUUGGAAAAAAGUGACUUUCAGACAAUUUUUGGAAAAAGAGACGUUUGGACCAUUUUUGGAAAAGUGACUUCUGACCAAUUUUUGAGAAGAAGUUACUUUUGGCCAAUUUUUGAGAAGAAGUGACUUUUGGACAGUUUUUGGAAAAAGUGAUUUUGACCAAUUUUUGAAAAGAAGUGACUUUUGGACAAUUUUUGGAAAAAGUGACUGUUGACCAAUUUUUGAGAAGAAGUGACUUUUGGCCAAUUUUUGAGAAGAAGUGACUUUUGGACAAUUUUUGGAAAAAGUGAUUUUGACCAAUUUUUGAAAAGAAGUGACUUUUGGACAAUUUUUGGAAAAAGUGACUUUUGGACAAUUUUUGAAAAAAGUGACUUUUAGACAAUUCUUGGAAAAAAGUGACUUUUGCACAAUUUUUGGAAAAAAGUGACUUUUGCACAAUUUUUAGAAAAAAGUGACGAACAAUUUUUGGAAACAAGUGACUUGGACAAUUUUCAAAAAAAGUGACUUCUGGACAAUUUUUGAAAAAAGUGACUUCUGGACAAUUUUUGAAAAAAGUGACUUCUGAACAAUUUUUGGAAAAAAUGACUUUUGGACAAUUUUGGAAAAAAAAGUAAGACUUUGAAUUUUUUGCAAAAAGGUGAUCAUUUUUGAAAAUUUUGUUACAAUUUUUUACAAGAAAACUUAAAUAAUUUUACCAAAAAGCUGGAAUUUUGGGGAAUCAUUAGCAAAAAAGUAAUGCUUUUGCAUAAUUUUUGAAAAAAAAUCAGAACGCAACAAUUUGACAAUUUAAGCAAAAAUAAACAAUUUCCUCAUUGGCAGAUGAGUAAGUAAAUUUUUUUCGCAAUUUUUUGUGAAGAGUGAUUUUUUUUGUAAUUUUUGCAAAAACGAAGACUUAUGGGCAAUUUUUGAGAAAAAUAAAACUUUUUAGAAUUUUUUGCAAGAAGCAGAGAAUUUUGGGCAAUUUCUGGAAAAAAGUAUAGAUGAUAAUUUUAGCAAAAAACAUGAAUUUUUGACUAUCUUUGACCAAAAAAAAAAAAAAAUGGUGAGUCCUUUUUAGCAAUCUUUGCUAAAAAUGGGAGACUUACUCAUUUAUACGUACUCAUUACAAUUUCAGAAACAUUAAGAAUUUCUUAUUCUUUCUGACGUAACCAAAAUUUUCAAAUUCUCUGCAGUUACGAUAGUCUAGACAUAAAUUCUGGUACUAAACAUCGUAGUAGUCGUAGACACAACAAUUUUCGUAGGUAGAUAGGUACUUAGGUAGGCAGAUAGGUAGGUAAGGUACUAAAAUUACGUAAGAACCUAUACCUGAUUAGCCGUAUUGUUAUGUUCCUAUUUAGCCUAGAGUUGUACUUUGUGCUCAAAACAAAAUGUAUUCGAACUUGCGUCGUCGUCGUGCUCUAGUAGGUCAUCGUGUGUAAGUCGCAUACUUUUAUUAUUAUUUUUCAUUAUUAUCGUUAUCAUUUUGUUACGAUCAUACCUACUACUUAUAUAGUGGAAAAAUUCAAAAUACAAAAAAUACCUAUACGUACGUAAAAUUAUUUAAAUACCUACCUAUGUAAUAUGUACUAAUUAUUAAGUACCAAAAUUACCCACCGUUGUAAAUUUCGUUUUUUUUUUUUUUUAUACCUAUUAUCAUCGUGUUCUCCCCUUCUCUUGCAUGUAUACUUACUACUUACCUCCCCCUACCUACCCUACCUAUGUUAUAUAAUCUUAAGAAUAAUGCCUUAUUGAUGAAACACUCUACUACAUACGUAUGUAUAGGUGACGCGGUUUUUUGUUUGUUUUUGUUUUUUUUCUGUUUGUUUUUCUUUCUUUCUUUCUUUCUUUCUUUUUUUUUCUGUUUUAAUUUUUUUUUUAUUUUUCAUUUUCAUUUUAAUUUUUACUUUUUUUUGAACGACAUGAAACAAUGACAUUGAGAAAUUACUAUUGUUACCUGCCUUUUUGCUGGAGUACCUUUACCUAUUUAUAAUCAUAAGUACGUAUCUCAUCGAUGUCAUUCGAUUUAGUGAAGUGAUUUUUUGUUUUGUUUUGUUUUCUAAAACUUCGUACUGAAGAUGAAAUGUAAGCAAUUAAACGUGCGAGUCGAUUAGUUAA